CCUCUUCCCAAAAUCCCCAAAACUUUUCCUCUCUCUAUCUCUCUAUAUAUAUGUGUGCAUUAAUGGUUAGGUAAUUCCUCUGACGUUUUUCAAUAGUGUUGCUUUUAAUUCAGAGUAACUUAUCAAAUCAAACAAAAACCCUAACCUGCAAUGGAGAACAGCAAGUAUCAUCAUCCUCGCCACCGUCAAUGGCAGUUGGAAAGGCAAGACGACGCACUCCCCCCAGGCUUCAGAUUCCACCCCACCGACGAAGAACUCAUCACCUGCUACCUCGUCAAGAAGGUCCUCGACUCCUGCUUCACCACCAGAGCCAUUGCUGAAGUCGAUCUCAACAAGUGCGAGCCAUGGCAACUUCCCGGCAAAGCCAAAAUGGGCGAGAAAGAGUGGUACUUCUUCAGCCUCCGCGACCGGAAGUACCCGACCGGUCUCCGGACGAACCGCGCCACCGAAACCGGCUACUGGAAAGCCACCGGAAAGGAUCGCGAAAUCUACAGCUUGAAGACGACCGUAUUGGUAGGGAUGAAGAAAACCCUAGUUUUCUACCGCGGCAGAGCUCCCAAAGGGGAGAAGACGAAUUGGGUAAUGCACGAGUAUCGCCUCGACGGAAAAUUUGCUUACCAUUAUCUGUCCAGAGAUUCUAAGGCCGAGUGGGUGAUUUCUAGAGUGUUCCAUAAAACCGGCGCCGCCGGCGGGAAGAAGAGGCCGUCGGCCGGUAACGGUUCUGCGAUCUCCGACGUCGGUUCCCCGUCCUCCGUCUCCUUGCCGCCGCUUCUGGAGCCGCCGUCUAGCGAGAGCUGCUCCUGCGACGGCGGCGGCGGCGGCGUCGCCAUUGCCAAGGAGCACGUGCCCUACUUCUCCAUGACUGCAACUCCCAGCUUUAACCAGAUUUCGUUUUUCGACCUCCCGCCGCCGCCGCCGCAGAUAUCUCUGAGCGCAUUGGCGCACGAGCCGUCAUCAUCUUAUGCUGCUUACCGCUUCCCGAGGCAGCAGGAUCUAGCUAUGGCGCUUCCCGGCCAGGACUCCGGCUUGCAGGCGUCUUUCUUCUUCCCGGCAGCUGUUGGAGCUCCGCCGGCGGUGGGCGGCGUCGAUGAUUGGCGCGGGUUCGUGGCGCCGGAGAAUCAGGUGAGAAUGGACGCCGUUGAGUUGGAUCGCAUUUGGAACUACUAGAAAAUGUGUCGUGUUGUUUUGCCCUAAUUUUGAUUAGUCUUUUACAAUUAGGGCUAUUUGGUAAGAUUGUGCUUUAAUUAAUUAAUUAGCUAUGUUCUGUAUUAGGUAUUAAUUCCUGAGUUUAUUUAUGUACUGUUAUUGUUAUGUUCUUAUUUUUGCAU